AUGUUCGGCCCAUGGCACCGGCCGUAUCUCGCGCUCUUCGAGCAGGUUCUCCAUGAUCGCGCGGUCGACGUCGCCAAUGAGUAUCCCAUCGGUGAAGCCCGUAACAAGGCUUUGGAUAUUGCAAACCGAGUUCGCCUUCCAUACUGGGACUGGGCGAUGGAUCCGCCAAACAGUGAAGAGGGUGUCAUCCCUGAGAACAGCGAGUUUGAGUUCAAGUACUGGAACCACACUAUUCGCUACCCAGCUGAUCCCCACGCUGCCAAUGCCACUAGCCGUAACAGCGAGGUCAACGAUCGAGUUGGCAAACAGCAGCCCAAUCUCCGCGAUAUGCUCUACAAAUUGUUGACAACGUACCAACCCUUCAGCCAAGUGAGCAACAAGGCGAACGGUGGCAAGAUCGGAAAUUUUGAGACUCUACACGAUGGUCUUCACACAGUCUUCGGAUUGGGUCACAUGGGCAUAGUGGAGGUUUCGGCAUUCGACCCCAUCUUCUGGUUCCAUCACUGUAACAUUGAUCGGAUCAUAUCUAUGUACCAAACUCGCUACCCCGACACCUGGGUCGAGGACGCUGAGCAGCGUAUGGGUUCAUUCGCUGUCGCCAGCGGUAGCGUUCUUGGUACUGCUUCGCCACUCGCACCGUUCCACAUGAAUGCCCUUGGCGACAUGUGGACUGCAACCACUUCCCGCAACUGGACCUCCUUUGGAUACACCUACCCCGAACUCGAAAACAACCCUAGCAAUGCGACGCUGACAUCGUCCAUCAAUCAGUUGUACAAGGCCCAGACUCAAGGCCUGAGCGAGACCAAUGCGACUGUCAAUGCGACGUUCCCGACUCCGGGCGGAGGCAGCAUCAAUCGCACGGUUCAGGCUACCGACUGGCAGUGCGAAGUCAACAUGCCGACCGACAUCAAGGUCUCCUACGCCGUUCGCGCCUUCCUUGGCGAGCCCAGCACCAACCCCAUCGACUGGCCUACGGACCCCAACUACGUUGGUCAGCUCGCCACCCUAUCUUCUCCGCGAAUGAGCUCCUCAAACAUCGUUACGGGUAACAUCGGUUUGACUGAGAAGCUCGCACAGAAGCACGCGGCUGGAGAGCUCAAGAGCCUGGACAAAGAAACCGUACAGGCCUAUCUCAAAGAGAAGUUCAGCUGGCGCAUCCAAGCUUUGGACUUUAGCGAGAUCCCACGAAACAAGCCACCCAAGGGCUUGAACGUCACCGUAUUCAGCGUGCCAGUCAGCAUCCCAGAGUCCGACACCGAGGUGCCAACCUGGAACGGCGAUGCCGAAUACAAGGACGACAUCGAAGGCAACCCGCCCGUGUACAACGGACCUGGACCUGACGGCACCAACUCGACUCUCCCCGCAGAUCAGUCGAGCGGAUCCUACGACGCUGAAUCUGGCGAGUUUGUAUGGAAAAAGGCUCCUGUUCCGGAGGUUGUGCCUGAUGCUGGUGGUGUGGGUCCCCAGAUUGCAACAACGCUCCUGGAGUCUGUCAUUACGCAGUAUGUGACACUGGGAGCUUCGACCCCGGCCGUAUCUACACCUACACCUGCGGUCUCAAUUGAGGUCUCCAGCGCGCCGGCCAUCUCAUCGAUUCCUACACCUACACCCGAGGUUUCUAGCGCACCGGCCGUCUCAGAGCAAGCGCCUGAGCCUACCGCGCCCGCUGAUCCGCAGACUACGGUUGUGACUUCUGUUAUCAUGGAGUAUGUCACUGUGUAA